AGUUCAAAGAUUUUUGAUUCAAUGCACAACCAUUUCAACACCAAUUACAAGCUUGCCCCAGAAGAAUCCAUUCUCCGGAUUUCGUUGAUGGCAGGAGAUAAUCCUGGACCGUUACUUGCGCCUUUUCCGGUGAGUUUGUCGAGGACGCACGACAACUCUUCUUUCUGGGUGGAAACCUCCGUUAUCGUUCUAAUGAUAAAAAGAAUUAUAUCCGACCUUGAGGGUCUCCGGCUUACAAUCUUUGCCUCUAUGGAGAUUUUCUUGCUGCAACCAUCCUCCAUUGUGGAGAGAACUGUGUUUUCUAUUGAUGUAUUAUUAACUGAGUUUUACAACAAGAUGAAAAGAAAAAGAGGGGCUAAGCCUUUGUNUUCUCGAUUUGCUAUGCUUGGUCGAGAGCACAAGUCGCGGCUAGUGUCGACAUCUCUAAAUUCAAAGAUUUUUGAUUCAAUGCACAACCAUUUCAACACCAAUUACAAGCUUGCCCCAGAAGAAUCCAUUCUCCGGAUUUCGUUGAUGGCAGGAGAUAAUCCUGGACCGUUACUUGCGCCUUUUCCGGAAAGCAUAACGCUUAAGGGGACUAAGGGGUUUGUUUUGAGAGGUUCUUGGAUUGGCUUUGUGCAUCAGUUUCCAUAUAUAUCAAUAGCUCUUGCGUUUUCAUUUUCCCCUUCCCCCUUUAUGGAGAGAACCAUUUCAUGUCUCGGAUUGAUGACUCUUAAGUCGAGAGACUGCCUCUUUGUCCUAACCGUUAUACUGUCUUGUGUAGAGAAAGUAAUGUGUCUUGUGCCGACGAGACCUAUGGUUACGGAUUCCUUUUCAACGUCACGUUGUCAUAUGACAGUGACCACUCAUCAACCUCCCGAAUUGCUCGUGGAAGUGCUCGCGACUUACCCUGAAUUUACUUGUGGCAAGAUGCUUUUUAGCUCAUGUCUUCAAUUGUUCGUGGAUCUACAGUCGUUCUAUCAUAGUUAUAUUUAUGCUGCAUCUCUGAAUGCUUUCUCUUUGAUGUUUAUAACCUUGAGUUUUCUCGGAACUCCUAUCCAUCCUUGUAACCAAUGUUUUCCUUUUGAAUGAAUGAAGAAAGAACUG